UUCUCUGCAACCACCAUGAACUAGCUAACGUUAGCUAGGCUAGUUAGCUGCUAAAUCUGGUAGAUGUUACUCUUUCGUUGCUAAGUAAGCUCUACAUAAUGAGUAAAACAAGGUGACCGGUAUAAAAUAAUGCGAUGUCCUGGUUCUUUCACGUCAACCAAGGCUCAAACCAGCAGCCCCCUGACCGGAUGCCCUCCACUACAGACAACCUAUCUUCACCCAGUCUGACAGACUUCCCAUUGCCUCCACAAGGCUCAGUACCUCUCAGCUUGGAGACCUUAUCAUGUUGCUCACUGAACUCUAGGGCUAGUAGAGAGCCGAUGCCACUGUCUUACGUUACUCUUCAAGAGCAAAGAUGUGUGUUGAGCUGGUUCCUAGGUUGGGGCACUGCCCAGAGGGAACGGUUCCUGCAGGACCUUUUGGGGAAAGCUGUGCCAGGGAAAGUGUGCACUCUCCUAGAUUCACUGAGCACUCUUCAGGUUAUGGACAGACCACCAAAUAUAUUUGAGUGCCAGCUCCGCCUCUGGACCCAGUGGUUUGAGUCCUGGAGUGAGGAAGAAAGAAACAGCUUCUUGCACAUCUUAGAAGAGAGGGACCCCAUUUUUGUUGCACACUUUUACAGAGGUGUAGCUGGGACAGCGGGCAAGCAAUGACAGAUAAUGAUGAGUAGAGAUGUUGUUGAUGUGAAGGACACGGAUUUAGGAGAUGUGUUGUCGAACUGAAACAAGUGAUGAUUGAAUUAUCAAAUUGUGCUAGAGUUAAUGAGCUAACUGUAUGAAAAAAGAUAAUCUGUUUAGUAAACUGACUUUUUUGUUUGGACUAUCAAAUCUUAUCCCCAUGUAUCAGUUGGGAUUCAACUGGAAACAACAUAUAAAUACUUUUAAAGGUAACUUUCAUAAUGAUUUUUGAACAGUUUUGUAUAAAGAAUAAAAAGAAACUUAAUUUAGGUAAUCACAUUAUGUUCUUUAUUGUUGUCUUGAAUGUCCACAGAAUUAUAACAACAAUUAAUGAUUGGCAUACAGCUGUGUCCUUAUUUAGGCAUAGGUAGGGUACCAGUGUGUCAUACGUUUGUAAAUGUUUUACUUCCCAUUUUAAUGGGGUUCUGAAGUAUAUAUUGGGUAAAAAAAAAAAAGUAUGUAUGAUUGAUGCUGAGUGGUUUGACUCAGUAUUGAGUCCAUGUCUGAAGUGCAUACUAGUGUCCAUACUUGAACUGGAAAAGCCUUAUUCCUGCAUGGGUAAAGUUAGUGUUUUGGUUUAAAAAAAAACAUAAAACAAAGUUUCUGUUUAUUAA